UUGUUGAGCGUUCUCACAUGUCCGGAGAGUUCUUCAGCCUCUACCUUCACCAGAACUACUUGGACUUCUUCUGUGAGCUGGAGGAUGUGGAAAGAGCCAGCGAGUAUCUGUCUGAUGCUGACCUUCUCACUGCUGAUUGGACGAAUCGCAGCGUUUUGGGGGAUUAUGGGUCGUCAGUGGCCACGAGAGGCCUCCUUCACUCCAACUCUCAGCUGGCGUCGGUUGGCUUCAGAGCCCUGCACAAACCCAGCUGGCUGCUCGUCAACAGGAAGGUGAGGUCAGAGGUCACAGCAUGAGUGGAGCUCAGCUGUUAAACAUUUAGUGUUACUUUAUUAUCUGUGACAUUUCAGAUGAGUAGCGUGAAAAUACACUGGACUGU